GUGUCGGUUCGUGCAUGUGUAUGUUCUCGAUCGACGAUCGUUCGUUGACGAUUCGGCCGCGUCAGUCUCACAAAUUCUCUCGCGCUUUUCGGUUCGUACCGGUCGCCGCUCCUGCUGAUUGCUGCUGCCGUCGUCGUCGUCUGUCUCUUACAUCAUUCGACACGUGUCGGUACGUUACCUUGGGCAAUUCAGGAUUGUUUAGCGAUUUCACAGCUGUUUUACGGCCAAAACAACUCGACUCCAGCGUUCCAGUCGGCGAUAAGGCCGAACGAAGAUUCCAAUUUUUUUUUUGUUGAUAAGAAAUACCCAAUAUCAAAAUGAGUGAACGCAAGGGGAUGAAAGGAUUGGAGUUGUGGUGUCGUAAAAUGACAGAAGGAUACCCUGGUGUCAAAAUUGAAAACAUGACUACAUCGUGGAGGGACGGCCUUGCUUUUUGUGCCAUUAUACAUCACUUCAGACCCGAUUUAAUCGACUUCGAUAAGUUGAACAAGGCCGACAUAUAUCACAACAACGAGCUGGCGUUCAGAGUGGCCGAACACCAUUUGGGCAUACCGGCAUUGUUGGAGGCGGAAGAUAUGGUCGAGUACGAGGUACCUGAUAAGCUGUCAAUUUUGACGUAUAUGUCUCAGUUCUAUCAGACGUUCGAGGUUCAAAGAGGAAAAUCUGGAGCUCGAGUAGCCCCAAAGAGACCACAGAGUACUCCUGACCACGGUAUAGUCUCUCCCGCAUCGACGAGCCCACCAACAAAGGUACAAGUAACCGUUGGCAGGGCCCGUAGAGAGCCGUGCGCGAAAUGCAGACUUCCGGUUUUCAUAGCGGAACGUCUCAACGUCGGAAAACUGCUCUAUCACAGGACAUGUUUCAAAUGUGCCCGUUGCCAGUCCCAGCUCACUCUAGCCAACUACUACGAAACGGAAAGUGGGGAGUUUUGCUGCGAAAUUUGCCCCGAUGAGGAGAAACUCAUAUCGAAAAAAGUGCCUUCGGAACACUCGGUGUUAUCGCGUUCGAUGAGCGACGAGGAAAAGUCCGCCAGUUUGUUAAGUUUUUCAGAAGCUCCGGACGCUUACAGUACGCAUUUCGAGUCAGCCUUAGAGUUCCCCGUCGAUAGCGAAUUAAAAAAGAAAUUCACUCUGACUCAGUCAGAAGGUACGGAGUUUUCAAAAGCCCGUUCGACCUUUUUCAAUAGUCAAAUUGAAGAUUCUAGCGAUUCCUCGAACGAAGAUGUCCCACCGGAUCUUCCCGAAAGUAAACCCCCGUUACUACAGACUGAUUUAAGUGAAAAGAACGCUAACUCGAUUGUAAGUGAUAGUAGUGGUUUUUCCAGUUACAAGCCAGACUCUAAUGUAAUUAGUGAUAGUGUUAGUGAACAGACGAACAAUCACUUUGUUACCAAAGAUAAUGUUUCCAGUUCUGGUGGUGUCAGCGUCAGAGCCAGGAUGAAGUUAUUUGAAAAUAAUGAUGAUAAUAAGUCUGAUGUAAAUAGAUUUUCGCCUACUAAGAAAGUGCCUUUAACGGUAGUGGAUAAGAAACAAGCCACGGUAAUAGCGUUAGAUGACUUAGAAGAUUUCGAUAACGUAAGCAAAAAAGAUAUUGAAAUUGAAGAUGCUUCGUUAAAUGAAAGUAAUAACGCACCUGACCGAAAUGUAAAUAACGUUAUAGAUUUAGAUGAAAAAACAGAUAAACCCAAAGACUAUGCUAUUAAGUUGGCAGAUAAGUCACACCAUAACGAUAUAGUUUUACCGGUUAACGUUGAAAAGAUAGAUUCUGAGUGUGCUAAAAUUGUCAAUGAAAAACCAAUAAGUAUAUCUGACGAUAGUGUUAUUACAGUUGACGAUACUAAUGAAGAAAUAGAAACUAACCAUAUCAACAAAAAUGAUGAAACUCAUUUUAGCGUAGACGAUUCCAGUGUUUCAAUAGAUGAAAACGUUAUUCAUGAAUCUUUAUCCCCUUCUAAACCUUCUGCCAAUGUAGGUUUACUCUCGAAUAUAGAUAUAUUUACAUCUGGUAGUGAAUCAUCUGCCGAGAAGAUAACUUCAAAGAGAAAAUAUUAUUCGGCCUAUGAAGUUCAUCCAUCGGAACAAAAUAACGAGUCUUUAUUAAGUUUUAAUGACGAUAAAGAAGUGUCUUUGACAGACGCAAAUGAAACAUUUAAGUCGCCGAUAGAUGAAAAUGUUUCAUUAGAAUUAGAAAAUAAUUUCAGCUCCUUAACGUCGGAAGAUAAGCCUCAGUACACUAUCGAUAAUGAAUCGGAGCAAUCCCUAAGUGUAACUUCCACUUCAGCAGUGCCAUCAUCCAAAGAAAUUGACUCGUCUAUCAGUCAGACAAUAAAUAGGAGAGAUGAGACUGAAACUAUUGCAGAACACCAAGCUUCCGGUGAGAUUAAAAUGACAGAGACGCCGGAGUCUUCCAAACCUCCAGAAUCAGAGGACUUAAAUCCCUUUGGAGACGAGGAUGAUGAUAAUACUGUUGAAGCUUCUAUGGGUCAUACAUCCCUCAAUCCAUUUGGCGAAUCCGACGAAGAGGAAAAGAUUUCUCCGAUACCCACCCCGGCACCAAGACCUAAAAAGAAAAUUAAUCCUACGUUAGAAGAGAGGGAACUGAAAGAAACUCCAGAAGCACUAGCUAAGAUCUACAUGGAACGUAUUAGUGUUAAUCCAUUUGAAGAUGACGAGGAUGAGGAAGUAGAAGUGGUGCCACGUAAACCCCUCCCAAGUCCACGACAGAAGAAAAAAAUCAUCGUUCCCGCUAGGAUAAGCCUCAAUCCGUUUGACAGUGAUGAAGAUGAAGAUCAAAUAGUACCUGUACCAAAACCAAGAGGUGCGAAUAAAUCAACAUUUUCCAGUCCUCCAGAACCCAAACCUCGCGAUACGCUCUCUGUUUUGAGUAAAAGCAGUCACGGAGGGUCAAAUUCGUCUAUUUCAAGUGGAAGUGCGUUCGGCAGUGCGAGAAAAAAGAAACCUGCUCCAAGACCACCAUUGCCGUUUAGAGCAGACCACUCAGGUUCGAGUAGUCUUACCACAAGCCCAAGUCAAAGUCUUUCACAGUCUCCCAACCUGUCAGGAACCAUAAGAAGCAGAAAAAAUAAAAGGGCUCCACCUCCACCAAAAGCAUCCACACCAAAUCCCGACACGAAAAAUAUAUCAGAUAGAUUGCCUAGUCAAAUAUCUCCAAUAGAUUCAGAUAGUGCCACCACAACCAUUCCCACAAAUGAGGAUGUUCCAAAGAACAAAGAUGUUAAGGAUGAGGAAAAUAGAAAUAAACAAAACAUAAACAUUGGUUGUGAUACUCAAGGUACUUCCGAUAAUGAUGGUGUAUCUGUGCUCAAUAAAAGUACUUUGGGGAGGUGGAAAAGGAAAAAAGGGCAGGCACCAACCCGGCCAAUUCCUGAAAGAAGAAUUGUCAAAACACUUCCAAUUUCUGAAAUUCGUAGGGAAUUAGAUACCAUUGAGAUUCAACAGCAAGGACUUGAAAAGCAAGGUGUUAGGUUGGAACAAAUUAUCAGAGAAAAAUGCGAAGGUGCCGAAAGUACUCCAACAGAUGAUGUGCCAAUUGAUGUGGAAGAUCUAAUACUGCAACUGUUUGAAAUAGUUAAUGAGAAAAAUGAACUGUUUAGAAGACAAGCAGAACUCAUGUACUUAAGGCGCCAGCAGAGAUUGGAGGAAGAACAUGCAGACGUUGAAUAUCAGAUUCGCUGCAUAAUGAUGCAACCAGAGGCCAAUAAAACUGACUCAGAUAAAACUAAAGAAGAGGCUUUAAUUAAUAGGUUAUUAGAAAUUGUUGAAAGGAGAAAUGAAAUAAUUGAAUGCCUUGAAAUGGACAGAGUAAGGGAGGCUGAAGAAGAUAACAGUAUUAGCAGUCAAUUAAAUUUAUAUAGUUUAAAAAGGGAUAGUGAUAAGGACCAACCCGAAAAAGAUAAGAAGGAAAAGAAGAAGAAACUUAAGAAAAUCAAAAAAAUUAUCCCAACUUUACACAGACACAAAGACAAAGAAAGAGAAUAUAAAGUUGAUAUUGACAAAGAUGUGGAUGAAACUGAAACUAACUCGGCAGAAAAGAAAAAAAAGAAAAAAUUUCUGUUUUGAAUCUAUAAUCUGAGAAUGUUUUUGUAAGUUCAGUACUUUCUAUUUAGGUUGUACAUAUUUUUACUAUUUACAUGAAACUGUUACAUUAUUUUGAGCUAAAGUUUGUUUCCAUAUUAAUUUUAAGAUUAUGUUAUUUUUGUGAUUUUUGUUUUACUACCUAAUACAUUUUUAUUAUAAGAGCUGUGUUUAAUUUCUUAAGACGUU